AUGUCAGAUAUUAAACCCGAACUGUCCGAUCCAGAGCUAAAAGUUGGUCAAGAGAGCAGUAUCACUGGAACUUCAUCUGGAAGUAAUACUAAUGGUAACGGUGGUAGUGGUACUUCAUCUAGAAAAACAGCCCAUGAUUUAUUGCAUACACCACCACCUAACCUACGAGCAAGAAUACAACGAUUUUUUUAUAAUAGAGAUCUUGCAGCACGUCCUGAUUAUUUACAGGAAAUUUAUAAUACUAUGCCCAGAAAGAUAUAUUUCAAUCAUGAAUUACCAAGUGAUAUGACGACCUCACAAGGUCAUGCUAUAGUUAAAUAUCCACGUAAUAAAAUUAGAACUACUAAAUAUACUCCAAUUUCAUUCAUACCCAAGAAUUUAUUAUUUCAAUUCACAAAUGUUGCCAAUUUUUAUUUCCUUGUUCUUGUCAUUUUAGGUGCAUUUCAAAUAUUCGGUGUUCCUUCUCCAGGUUUGGCUGCUGUUCCUCUUAUUGUUAUUGUAACAAUUACGGCAGUUAAAGAUGCUUUAGAAGAUUAUAGAAGAGUUGUAAGUGAUUCCGAGUUGAAUAAUUCACCAAUUCAUUUAUUAUGCGGAACUCACAAUCCAAAUGUGGAAGUUGACGAUGUUAGCUCUUGGAGAAGAUUCAAGAAGGCUUGUACAAGAGGUUUACGCUCCACUUAUAAAGUACUUAGGAAAUGCUUUAUUAGUACUUGUGGGACUAAAAAGAAGAAGCAAGAGCUUAUACGUCAACAAGUAAAUGAAGAUGAAUAUGCAUUGAGAAGAGUCUCAACAGUUGUUUCCGAAUAUUCAUAUAAUUCCCAACCUGAGCCAAGAUAUAGUAAUGAUACAAGUAGGGUUAGUGCUAGAUUUAGAAAAUCAAUUCAAUCAGGAAGAAGUCACCAUCGUCCAACCGUAGCUUUACCGAAUUCAUUAUUGAAUCCAGUUUUAAAGAAAGAAAAUCAAAACUUGGAUGAUUCCAAAAGGACAGUAUUCAAGAAUAGAAGUUGGAAAGAUGUCAAUGUUGGUGAUAUUAUUAGAAUUAGAGCAAAUGAAGAAGUUCCUGCUGAUGUCAUUAUCAUUUCCGAUUCCGACCCAGAAGGUAAUUGUUAUGUAGAAACUAAAAACUUGGAUGGGGAAACUAAUUUAAAGAUGAAAACAGCUUUGAAGUGUGGUGGAACUAAUAAUUUAAAGCAUUCAGAUGAUUUAGGAGAUGUUAAAUUCUGGGUUGAAUGUGAUGCUCCAAAUCCUCAUUUGUAUACAUUCAAAGGUACUAUUCAUUAUGAAAACUAUGAUGCUGUUGGAAGACUAGUAAAUGCAGAUGAAAAGGAACCUAUCACUCCAGAUAAUAUUUUAUUAAGAGGGUGUACAUUAAGAAAUACUAAAUGGGUUAUUGGUUUAGUUGUAUAUACUGGUGCGGAAUCAAAAAUUAUGCUUAAUUCAGGUGUUACUCCAACUAAGAAAUCCCGUAUUUCUAGUCAAUUAAAUUUAUCGGUCAUUAUCAAUUUCCUUUUGUUAUUUAUUAUGUGUUUUGUAUCUGGUUUGAUUAAUGGUUUAUUUUAUACAGAGGAUAACAAUUCAAGAGUCUAUUUUGAAUUUAAACCAUAUGGUUCAACUCCGGCAAUUAAUGGUGUUAUCGCAUUUUGGGUCGCAUUAAUUAUUUAUCAAUCUUUAGUUCCAAUUUCCUUAUAUAUCUCGGUGGAAAUUAUUAAAUCUUUCCAAGCAUUUUUCAUUUAUUCAGAUAUCAAGAUGUAUUAUCCAAAGUUAGAUUUCCCAUGUAUACCGAAAGCUUGGAAUAUUUCUGAUGAUUUAGGACAAAUUGAAUAUAUCUUUAGUGAUAAGACCGGUACAUUAACUCAAAAUGUCAUGGAAUUCAAGAAAUGUACAAUCAAUGGAAAAUCUUAUGGAUUGGCAUAUACUGAAGCUAAGCAAGGUUUAGAUAAACGUGCAGGACUAGAUAUUAUAGAAUUGGCAAAUGUUUGGAGGAAAAAGAUUACAAACGAUAAAGAGGCAAUGAUUGAUGGUUUAUCCAAAUAUUUCAUAAAUGAUCAACUACAUGAAGAAAGUGUUACAUUUGUUUCAAGUGAAUACGUUAAUGAUACCUUAUUUGUCGAUGAUGACUUAGAUCAACAAAAAGUUGCCAAUGAAAGAUUUAUGCAUGCUUUGGCAUUGUGUCAUACUGUUGUCACUGAAGAAAAUGAAGAUGAACCAGGUUAUCGUGACUUCAAAGCAGAAUCUCCUGAUGAAGCAGCUCUUGUUUCGGUUGCUAGAGAUUUGGGUAUUGUUUUCAAAGAACGUUUGAGAAAGUCAUUAAUAUUACAAAAGUAUGGUAGGGAUGAAAAAUAUGAACUUCUUGAUAUAAUCCCAUUCACAUCUGCAAGAAAGAGAAUGUCAUGUAUUAUUGAAACUCCCGAUGGAAGAAUUAUUUUAUAUACCAAAGGUGCAGAUAAUGUUAUUUUCCAAAGAUUGGAUCCUAUUCACAAUUCAAACGAUGUUAUUUCAAAGACUGCUCUUCAUUUGGAAGAUUAUGCAAAUGAAGGUUUACGUACUUUGUGUAUUGCUGAAAGAGAAUUGGAUCGUGAUUUUUACUUUAAUUGGAGUGAACGUUACAAAGAAGCAAAUUCAUCUAUUGAUGACGAUCGUGAUGAACUUAUCGCACAGUUGGAUGAUGAAAUUGAACAAAACUUGAUCUUAUUAGGAGGUACUGCUAUUGAAGAUAGAUUGCAAGCUGGUGUUCCACAAUCGAUUGCAAUUUUAGGUCAGGCGGGUAUUAAAUUAUGGGUUUUGACUGGUGAUAGAAUUGAAACUGCUAUCAAUAUUGGAUUUUCGUGUAAUUUGUUAGAAAAUGAAAUGAAAUUGUUGGUUGUUAGACCUGAGGAUAAUGAUAUUCAUAAUGUUGAAUAUAUUGAUUCACUCAUUUCUAAAUACUUACUUGAAGAAUUCAAGAUGGAUGUUAGUGAUGCUACAACUGUUGAUAGAUUGAUAGAAGAAGCCAAGUUGGACCAUUCUGCUCCAAAUCCUAAUUAUGCAGUAAUUAUAGAUGGUGCAGCUUUACAUUUGGUCUUUCAAGAUUUAUCAGAUUAUCCUAAUGAAGAAGUGAGAUUGCUUAGAGAAAAAUUCUUAUUAUUAGGAAAACAAUGUAAAUCUGUUCUUUGUUGUCGUGUUUCUCCUUCCCAAAAGGCAGACGUUGUCAAGAUGGUGAAAGAUUCUCUCGGUGUUAUGACUUUGGCAAUUGGUGAUGGUGCUAAUGAUGUCGCUAUGAUUCAAGCUGCCAAUGUUGGUGUCGGUAUUGCCGGUGAAGAAGGUCGACAAGCAGUGAUGUCAUCAGAUUAUGCACUUGGACAAUUUAGAUUUUUGACAAGAUUAUUAUUGGUGCAUGGAAGAUGGUCAUAUAAAAGAUUAUCGGAAAUGAUUCCAUGUUUUUUCUAUAAGAAUGUGGUAUUUACCUUCACGUUGUUCUGGUUUGGUAUCUAUAAUAAUUUUGAUGGUUCAUACCUUUACGAAUAUACCUUCCUUAUGUUCUAUAACUUGGCUUUUACUUCCUUACCUGUCAUUGUUUUGGCAGUGUUGGAUCAAGAUGUGUCCGAUACCGUUUCGUUAUUGGUUCCGGAAUUGUAUCGUAGUGGUAUUCUUAGUCAAGAAUGGUCCCAGUACAAAUUUGGUUGGUAUAUGUUGGAUGGAAUUUUCCAAUCCGUUAUUUCAUUCUUUUUCCCUUAUUUGUUAUUCUAUCUUUCAUUCCAAAAUCCUCAAGGUUUAACUAUUGAUCAUAGAUUUUGGAUCGGUGUGGUUUGUGCUUGUAUUUCGGUUACUGCUUGUAACUUCUAUGUCUUAUUACAACAAAAGAGAUGGGAUUGGUUAACUUUAUUAAUUGAUGUUUUAUCCGUUUUGGUGGUUUAUUUCUGGACUGGAGUUUGGAGUGCCAGAGCAACAGCUGCAUUAGAAUUUUAUAAAGCUGGUGCCCAAACUUUAGGUACUUUGGCAGUUUGGUGUUGUAUUUUCAUUGGUAUUGUUUGUUGCUUGUUGCCUAGAUUUGUUUAUGAUUUCUUGAUGUCCAAUUUCAGACCUAGAGAUAUUGAUAUUGUUAGAGAAAGAGCUCGUAUGGGAGAAUAUGAUGAUUACCCUGAAGGAUUUGAUCCUACUGAUGCUGAAGAUGUAGAAAAGCAUAGAUUAUUAACCGAAAUUAUGGAAAAAGACCCAGAUUUAUUGUCCCACUUACAAGAAGAACAGUCAUCUUUGGAACAUGAAACUAAAUCUCAUCAUGAUGACAAUGCUUUAACAAAGACAUUUAAAACUAUCAAGAGACAUACUCAAAUCCCUAGAUCUAGAAAGAAUACCAUCCGGAGAUCGAGAAGAAAUACUUUGAAUGAUCAAUUCCAUAAACCUAUAGAUAUUGAAACGUUAAGACAACAAAUGAUUUUAAGUGGAGAAUAUAAGACUGCAAGAACGUCUUUGGAAAGAAUUAACACUACUCAUGAAUUGCCAGGUUUAACACAAGCUGAAACCUUGAUGUCUUAUCAUACCAGAAAUAGUAUCAGUUUGAAUCGUUAA